AUGGAUUAUGAGUAAGUGACGAAUGAUAAAAAGUUGCGAGAAUAACUAGAAGGAGGUGAAACAAUAGUACUUACAAUGAAGGUUAUAAAAUUUACAGGGUAGAACAAAAAAUUACCUAGAGUUAUUGUAAAAGAAAGCAUAUAUUAUAGGUAAUCACAAACAAGAAUGUAUAUAAUAUUUCACCUGCAGAAGGAAGUGCCGUUAAAAGCUUUUUUUAAAGUUUAGUAAAUAAGUAAGAGAAUUGAAUUAUUUUUGCAGAUCAAGAAUAAAGAGAAAAAUACCAUUAUCUGCAAUUACUUCGAUCACAAUUUCGAAAAUUGUAAAGGAAUUCAUACUACAUAUACCUACAGAAUAUGAUUAGCGAUAUCAAGUAGAUGAUUAGUAUGAAACUGUAAAUAUUGGUUAGAUUGUCAUUGAUUAUACAAACCUUAUGUGAAGUAUAUGUAAAGCAUAAUCUAAAAAAAAUACGAUGCCAUUUUAUUGAAGAAAUGAAUUUAAGUCCAUAUACAACAACAAAUUAUGAUAUUAAGAAAAACAUUCGUAGAUAGCUCCCAAAAUAAGGAACAGAAAUGACAGUGGAUGAUGUGAAAAUUGCUAUGUAAGCUUCAAGAGGGAAUGUUUAAACAAUCUAUUAGAAAUCAAAUACUUAGGAGAUUAGUAUAGAAGAUUUUACAUUAAUUAAGAUGUUGGGUAGAGGAGCAUUUGGAAAAGUAAUGUUAUGUGAGAAGAAAGAUACAAAAGAAAUAUUUGCUAUAAAGAGUUUACGUAAGGAAGAUAUCAUCUCAAGAGAUCAUAUUGAAUAUCUAAAAACAGAGAGAAAAAUUUUAGAAUAAACUUAACAUCCAUUUCUUGUGUCUUUGGAAUAUGCUUUUAUUACUUAGGAGUGUGUUUACUUUGUUAUGAAAUUUAUGAUGUAUGAAUAAUUAAUUAUAUAUAUUUUAGAGGAGGUGAAUUGUAUACUCAUUUAUAAAAAGUGAAUAAAUUUAAUGAAGAUUUUGCUUUGUUUUAUUCAUCCUAAGUACUUUUAGCUUUGGAGUAUUUGCAUAAAUAAGGGAUUAUAUAUAGAGAUUUGAAACCAGAAAAUAUUUUGAUGGAUGAAAAAGGUUAUGUGGCUUUAACAGAUUAUGGAUUAGCUAAGUUUUUAUCAAAAGGACAGGUAGCUUAAUCAAUAGUUGGAACUCCAGAAUAUUUGGCCCCUGAGGUAAUUACUCAAUAAGGACAUGCCUUCACUGCUGAUUGGUGGUGUUUAGGCAUACUUAUGUAUAUAAAUUGAUAUAUUUAAGAUUUGAAAUGUUGUGUGGAAGAACUCCAUUCUUUUCAGAAAAUAGAAAUCAAAUGUUUAGAAAUAUUGUAGAAUCUGAAUUGAAAUUUCCAUCUACAAUUAAUUUAUCUUUUGAUUGCAAGAAUCUAUUAACAGCAUUACUAAAAAAGAAACCUCAUGAAAGAUUAGGAAACAAAGGUGAUGCUGAAGAAAUCAAGAAACAUCCUUGGUUUAAAAAGAUGGAUUUCUAAAGAUUAAUCUAAAAAGAAGUAUUAUUUAUAUACUAAUUUUAGAUUUAAGCUCCAAUAAUACCAGAUUUAUAAUCAGCUACUGAUUUAUCUAAUUUCAACCCAUAAAUUCUAGAUGAAAGUAAUCUCUUAAUUAUUAACCAUUAGAAAUUGAGGAAAAUUAAAAUCAAACCUCAAAUACACAAGCACUUAAAAAGUUUGAUUAAGAAUUUUAUGGACUCAAUUAUAAAAAAGAGUGA